AACAGCUGUUCCACAUUAAAAUACAUUGGCUCACUGCCUGUUUAUGGGCGAUAAAACUCUGCCGCUCUCAAAAAAAAAAAAGCUACUAUAUACCUAUCUAUGUGAUAUAGGGGUUUUCGUGGAGCACCAGCAGGCAUGGCUACAUAUAUAAAGAGAUAACGAUAUAACCAGCAACGGAAGAGGUUCCGAAAAACAGUCGAGAUCCGAACGCCGCGGAGUUUACACGAAAUAAAAGGUCUGUAAGCGGAGUCAAGUCAAUAUCCCAGGAGGUAUCAUCAUGCUGAAGGCGAUUAUUAUUUUUGCCACGCUCUUGGUCGCCGUGGCCUUGGCCAUGCAACCAUUGGACGCCAAGGAUGAAAACAGCCGGCACCAUCACCUGAACCACAAGCGCCAGUUGUCGCAGCACCACCACAGCCAUCAGCAACAUGGACUUUCAGAUAAAAAGGAACAUCUGAAGCACGGCAGAGAGGUGGCUCACCAGGCUGCAACACACGUCAAAGGACACGCCAAGACGCAUAAGUCUCACAAGAAGCACCCUCAUAGGUCGCAGGAUGGGCACUCCAGCCGGAAGGCUCGCUCUCACUCCACACACCACCAAUCGCAGAAAUCCGGACACAACCACAAACACCAUAAGGCAUCCCGUGGCCAUUAGAUAACCUAUUUAUAUCCUAGCUUAUAUGUGUGUAAGCCAUUUCCAAAAUAAAAACAAAGACCCUUAAAAUAUA